UAAUGCACGGUCCUGAUAUUAGUGAUUUAGAUAUGCCAGAUCUUACUUUAUAUCCAUCAACAACAGGAUAUUCAGAAUAAAAGCGUUGUUUCAAAUAAUGUAUAAAAGAUAUGUCAAUCCCUUAUUUGAAUAUUGAUGAAGAAUCCUGUUCAAGUAUUAUGUGAAUUAGGUAAUUUAGAAAAUUGCUUAUCCAAAUAUUUGCAAGCUUAAAUAUUCUUAUCUUAAAAGAUGACUAAUACUUUGACUCAACUUGUAACUCAGGAUCCUUCCAUUAAAAUAGCAUUUAAAAAACCAUAUAAAUUACCAGAAUAAUGA